CUCUGCUCGGCUCUGUGCGCUGCGCUGCUGCUGCUCCGAGGGGUCGGUGAUGUGAAUGAAUGAUGCGCCCGAGCUCGUCGUCGUCGUGGUCGAAGUCGUCGUGGUCCCGGUCGUAGGCCUUGCGUCUCCGAAAGCGAGGGAGCGAAGUCAAGAGCAGCAGACAAAGGCCGGGGCAAAGAAAGGCUGAAGCAGCGGCGGCGAAGCGCAAUCGGACAGAUUUCUGCUGGUGGGCGAAGAAGCGGACGAACGCGAGCCAUCGCAUCGAGCCAAAGGCAGAGGCAGAGGCAGAGCCAGAGCCAGAGAGAGAGAGAAAGGGGAUGAUAGCCGACAGCGUUGUGGUGGUCGUUGUACGAGGGUAGACAGGCGCGCCAGGCAGCGAGCGAGCGAGCGAGCGAACGAGCGAGCGAGUCAUUCAUUGUUGAUCAGACGACGGCGACGAGGGUUCUUGGAGUUUCGCUGUUGCGGUUGCUUUUGAUUGAUCGGUGGUGGUUGCUCAGGGUGGAAUUGGCAGCGCGGUGGGAGUUGGUCGGAUGAUGUCGAUGAUUGCUUUUCGACGGAGUUGAUUCCCCUGUCGUCGCGCUGCCGAGGAGGUGAUUAGGGUGUGGCGUGUUUGGUCCCUUUUCCUCGCUGCGGGAGUGGUAAUUGAGGGCAAUUUGACGGCGUCGAAUGGUGUUGUAGAUUGUUGUGGCUGCGGUGCCUGCGUUCUUUCGAGGGACGAGGAGCGGAAGCGGACUGCUCGGCCAGGCUAGGCCAGGCUCAGUGCCCGGUACUGCCGAGGAGAAAUUUUGUUGAUUGGAGGUAGUUUGUAUCUAGUCUUCGAAAGAGUUGUUGAGCAGGGAAUGAGGAAUUAGAGGUGACAGAAUUGUCGGAUCAGCGGGACCGUGGACAGAGGUGCUCGAGAAUUCGGACGCUUCGUCGGUUUCGCCCUUGGUUUCGUUGUUUCUAUUUAGACGAGUAUAAAGGCUUUGUCCACCCUUGGCAGAGUGGGCGGAGUAUGUGGAAAAGACACCUGUAAGAAUGAGCAUUGGAUCAUUGCAACUGGUGCGGACUUGGGGUCUGGAUGUCCAGCAUGCUAAUUUAUCACCGAUAUGGCAAGUAAAGCAGCCGCAGCGGGUUCGCAUUCUACGCUCUGGACUGCUAGGCAGUCCUGCGGAUGUCUUGAUAGGCAAAUCAUUGGCUCACGACGCAUGGUGCAGACGGGUAUGGGCUCAUGUGAAUGUGGUCCCCCGAGCUGUCAUCUUUACCCCUAUUGCUGUUAGUCCUCAAGCUAAUGCAAUAGCAAAUGUUCCUGGGGACCCCAAGAAAGUUGCCACGAUUCUGCUGAAAGUUGCCACCUUCAUUUACAACAGGAGUCUCACUGCCUUGCAAAGUUCUCCACUUUUGAUGCAAUGUAUCCCAGCAGUGACCUUAUUGGUGUUUUCGAUUUGGGGAUUGGGCCCUACAAUGAGAUUUCUACGUAGGAUCGUGAAAAAGAAGGAGGACAGCAAGUGGGCAACCAGCAGAACUCAGCAUGCUACGGCAUCGUACAUUCGACCUAUUCUUCUUUGGUUCGCAACAAUCUGGAUAUGCAGGGCCUUUGACCCAGUUGUGUUGUCCACCGAGGCAAGUCACGCCAUCAAGGAGCGAUUUGUAAAUUUUGUUCGAUCGCUUUCGACCGUUCUAGCCUUUGCAUACUGCACUGCAAGUCUGACUCAACAGGUUCAAAAGAUGAUGAUGGAGCGUCAAGAGAACCCAGAUUCUCGCAAUAUUGGAGUGUCAUUUAUUGGGAACACAUUGUAUACAUCUGUCUGGGUUGCUGCAGUUUGUUUGUUCAUGGAGUUACUCGGAUUCUCUACCCAAAAGUGGAUCACUGCUGGAGGUUUUGGAACGGUGUUGCUUACUCUUGCAGGACGAGAGAUAUUCACGAACUUUUUGUCUAGCAUCAUGAUACAUGCAACCCGACCAUUUGUGGAAAACGAGUGGAUCCAGACGAAAAUAGAGGGUCAGGAGGUUUCUGGCACAGUUGAGCACGUUGGAUGGUGGUCUCCGACUGUCAUUAGAGGCGAUGAUCGGGAGGCCGUGCAUAUUCCGAAUCACAAGUUCACUGUCAGUGUGGUGCGAAAUCUGAGUCAGAAGACUCAUUGGCGUAUCAAGACGCAUAUCGGAAUCAGUCAUCUCGACGCCGGCAAAAUAACAAAUAUUGUCGCGGACAUGAGGAAGGUUUUGAGCAAACAUCCCCAAGUCGAACAGCAGCGGUUACAUCGGCGAGCAUUUUUUGAUAAUGUUGAUCCGGAGAACCAAGCAUUGCUGAUCUUGGUGUCAUGUUUCGUGAAGACAUCACACUUUGAGGAGUACUUACGCGUCAAAGAAAUCAUCCUGUUGGACCUAUUAAGGGUGAUCAGUCAUCACAACGCUCGCCUUGCUACUCCCAUCCGUUCAGUUCAGCGUAUACUUGACGAAGGUGAAGCUCGCCAGUCACCCUUCCGGGACGUGCGCGGUAACGACGAUUCGCGGAGGAGACCGUAUAUGCUGAUUGAGGCGUCCAAUGUGAGAGCUGAGGACUCGGACGACGACGACGUGAAGCUCUCUGAACUCGCUGCAGAAGUUGCAAGAGAGGCUGCAUUGAAGGCGGCUGGUAUAAAGCCGGUAGAAUCAAGUGAGGAGACCGCUGAUAGCAAAGGUAAGUCCUCAAAGUCGAAAGAUAAAGUAACUGCGGGUGCUGAAGCCAACUCGAAGCCAGGUAGUACGAGCCCAACAGAGACUUAUGCACCGUCGAGUACGAAGUCUCAGCUGGAAGGUCUUGAUUCCAUGGGGCUGAAUUCGAAUGACAUCACAUUGUUAAAGGCCGCCUUUGAGAAACCCCCAGUCAAUAUUCCGGAAGGACACAACGACCCUGGACUCCAUAGUGAUGCUUCCCACGCAGAAAAGUCUGUAAGUAAAGCUCCGACUGAGCUUCCAAAGGUACCGAAAGUGGACUCCACGAGCCUACCAACAGCUCAUGAGGCAGCGGAAGUGGCAGUUGCUGUAAGCGCCUCAGACAAGACCAUCUCGGAGCAGCAUGACGAUCCUUGGAGGGAGCCACCUCAAAUAAUGCCUCAACCAACGGUCCCCACACCACAACAAAAGGCGGAGAGUGGAAGUACCGUCACUGUACAACAUAGUGUUACUGUACAACAGAAGUCAGAGAGUGGCCUCAACGCGACUCGAGCAACAGAAGAGAAAACACCAGCGGCUCCUGUCCCGAGACUGAGCUCUGUCGAAGAUAACUUGGUCCUGGGCGUGGCACUGGACGGGCCGAAGAGAACUCUUCCGCUAGACGACGAUAUACCGCCCCCAGCAAAGCAACGAGAACUAGUAAUAUCAAGGAACGGGAAUGGAGGGAACACCACUGGUAAAGACCGAAGAGAUCCAUCGACGCCUCAACCCAAUCCCUCUUCACCUUCCACACCUUUUGAUGGGAGAGACAGGGAAAGGUGAGGUCACCAAAGCACUUAGACAAAGCCGUGUUCAAUUUUUGGGUUGUGUUUGGGGACGCAUACACAUGCAGCUCCAGGAGUGAUCCAGUGCAGGAGUCACAGGAGUGUAGGGGCAGGAAGUUACAUUCAGUAACAGAAGCUAAUUGCGUCUGCCCUACCCCGUAACAUCCAGCGAAGUCUUUAGCGAUAUAUCUUGCAAACUAGUUCUGGUCUGUGAAGUGUCUUUAUGUCCAUGUGUAAAUUGGAGAAAACUGUAGAUGUUCGGAGACCAUUUGUAAGGUUCUGGUUGUUUCGAGCUAAAUUACAUGCGCUAGAGAUCGUGGGUGGUUUAUAUAUAGAUCACUGGGAAUAAUUUUUUAAUUUGAUGGUCUCCCCACCUAAAAGAUGUUGAUAAUUGAAGCUACAUUUUGGGGAUGGAGAAAUCUCCAAGUAAUCUCACGCAUCUGUAGUGAUGCAUGUUGCCCUGUAUAUGGUAGGAGAUGACUUUGUGGGUCUGUUCGCUCCUUGAUCUUAGUGAUACUCCCUCUUCAAGCUUAUAGAGGGGCUCAUUUCUUGUCAGCAAGUGUAGCAAUUUGGAGUAAAGAGCCUCUUUCGGUCAUCAGGCUGAAAUUGUGU